AUGGGUAAGAACACCAUAACCCUCAUGCAAUUUGCUAUGGUUUUGAUAGCAGCAAUGCUGGUUAAAGAAGCUAUGAGCAUUCCCAUAUGUAACAUCAACACAAACGACUUGGAGAAGUGUCGUCCAGCUGUUGCUGGAAGAAACCCGCCGCCUCCAGGACCCGACUGCUGUGCAGUGGUCAAAGCCGCUAAUCUAGUAUGCGCCUGCAUGUACAAGUCUUACCUCGCCAAUUACGGGAUUAACCCAUCUAGAGUCAAGGCUGUUAUAGCAAGUUGUGGCGCUAGAAUUCCCUCCUGUCUUCCAAGGUAA